AUGGCGGAGGACCGCCAUGGGGAGAGGGGCGCGGGUCGGCACGAGGCGCGUACCCCAGGGGAUGGCGUAGAGGAGAGUGGGGAAAACCAUGCGGGAGCUUCCGUCGGAGUGGGAGAAAGGGGCUCCGGAUGGGGGACCGCGCACAUGGAGGCUUGCACAAGAUUUCUCCAGAGGGAGCAGAUGGAGGACGAGACUCCCUAUGCCUUCCGGGCAGGGCUCCUGGCGCUGGGACAGGAGGCAUACUCACUUUUGGGUGAAGGGGCGCUCAACCUUCGAGUGGCGGAAAGGCUGUGGGAGCUGGCAAGAAAGCUGAGGGUUGCCCUGCACUCCGCCGUCGUAUGGUGUUUAUUUCGUGCUUGCAGAUAUGUAGUGGGUUUUGAACAUGCUUAUCGAGAGUAUGAGGAUGUGACCAGCGCUGUUCGUGUGAAAGUGAAAGGCACGGCUAAAGUCGAUAUCCCCAAUGAGGGAGUGAGAACGUUCGACUCGGCCGACUACGUCGUGCCUGACCAGGAGCCCAAUACGUUUUUUGUGAUGACAAACUUCAUUGUCACCAAGAACCAGACACAAGGGAAGUGUGCAGAGAAAUUCAGUGUGAGCCCGUGUCAGAAUGACGGUGACUGCACUCGAGACGCCUCAAAGCAUCUGGGAAGCGGAAUUCAGACAGGCCGGUGCAUACGCUAUGACGCCACGUGCAAAUCGUGCGAGGUGAUGGGCUGGUGCCCCGUGGAACGCCGCACCAGCCCUCCCCAGCCACCAUUGCUGCCUGCCACUGAGAACGCCACAGUCUACAUUCAGAACCACGUGUAUUUCAUUAAGAACAACAAGGAACGCGAAAACUUCCCUCUCAACUUGGAGGGCAAAGACUUAUCCUCGUGCCGUUAUCACCCUCGUGACGACCCCUCAUGCCCCAUCUUCCGCCUUGGUGACAUCACUGCCAUGGCAGGGCACAGCUUCUCGAGCAUGUCUGUCCAGGGUGGGAUCAUUGCCAUUGUCAUCUCCUGGGACUGCAAGCUGUCCGAAGUAGAGUGUUUCCCUGCAUAUUCCUUCCAUCGCCUCGAUAGAAACUACACCACCAAGCGUGGAUACAACUUCCGAUAUUCUGUGAAGUCAAUGGAGACAGAUGUUCAAACGCGCACGCUGGUCAAGGCCUUUGGAAUCCGUUUCAACAUUUUGGUGACUGGCCAAGGUUGGAAGGUCAGCCCUUUACCGACGUUGCUUUACUUAAGCUCGGCGUUCACCUUUUGCUCCAUGUUUGUCAUCUUUUUCAACUUAUUUGCCAUCUGGUACUUGAAGAAAAACAACUGCAAAGUCGUGGAUAAAUCGGUUGACCCCAAAGCAAGCAAUGGCAAAGGUCCAGAGAUUGAACGCCUGCAAAAUGCCAUUUAGAGAUCCUCAGUCAGACGUCUAACUUCUCAAAUGCCGAGACGAUCUUAUCCAUUCAUAUAGUCGACUCUAGCAACGUCUUGCAGCACAAGCCUAAUACAUAUAACGUACUCUAUAUAUUGCAUGUUUAUUUUUGCUAUGCAUCGAGAUAGCUUUUUUUGUUAAUCCAUUGCUGGAUCAAAGAAUGCCCAUGCCCAUCAUCCCUCACCACGCUGGUCAGUGUAGGUUGAAGGUGAGGAGCAUAUAUCUUGGGGUCCGUACAGUACAAUAAUGGAUUUCCAAUGAAUUGUACUCUGCUGCCCACCGCUUAUGCCAGCAGCAGACUAUCGUCACCUGCUGUUUGCGUGUGUUGCCUAUCCAAGCACUUAUCCAGGCUAAAUAUUGCUUAUCUUUAGAUAUAUAAGAAGAGCUGGCACAUUCGGGGUUGUUUUGCAAUCUAAAGCUUGUAUAUACUGCCUUGUACUUUUCAUAUCAGUUACAGUUGCAUAUGUACGUGAGUUAUAUACUCCUUAACGACAUAACAGACACAAGCAAGUAUUCAAUUUAACAGAAUUAGAAAUGCUCUAUAUUAGUGCAGACUGCUUCUAACCACCAAAGGAAACAAUAAACGCACAUACACCAUACACUAUAAAAUGUCCAGGUACCUGUAAGAAAGUACAGGUACUCCUCUACUUACGAACGAAUUAGGCUCCAGAGAUCUGUUCGUAAGUCGAUGUGUUUGUAAGUUGAACUUUACUCUUUUCGAUUCGAAACAUCUUGUACGGCAUGUACACUAAACACGGGGAAUGACUUUUAAAGUUGUAUACUCUCCUGUAGACGUAGAUGCCACUGGUCCUUCAUGUUCUGCAGAUAAAGAUGCCACCACCACCAUCUAUUGCACGGCAGUUGAACUUACUUCUCUCGGUCCGAACAUAAAACUAGACGGGUUUGUUCAUAUCUCUGGAAGUUCGUAAGUCGAAUGUUUGUAAGUAGAGGAGUCCCUGUAAAUGUAUUUUUUAAUGAUAAUUAAAGCAUUACGUAGCUCAUUUUUCAGAGCGGCAAAGCAUUUUUAAAAGGUGGCCGUCCUUCUUUGAGCCACUCUCCCAGUCCUUGGAAAAAACAUUGCCAUAAGACAUUUGCCUCUUUCUCCUGAAAUACUUCCAUGGUCUUAGUUUUGUAAGAUAAUCUAUUGAUUGUAAAGGUUGAAGAGUCUUACACAAUUUCACACAUGCUCUACAGCAGUGGUUGUUAACGUUUACUGCAGCCUGCACCCCUUUGGUUCUCAAUUGUACACAAAUUUACAAUGUUAAUACAUACAUAGAGUUCGAUUAAACAAAUAAAAUUUUGACUUCCAUGUGCGUGCUUAAUGUCUGUUUUCGAUUAUUUACCUUUCUAAAUAAAUCUGCCAAUGUAUUGUACCCACAUAUAGGGCAUCCCGCACUCCCAGUGGGUGCGUGAUGCACCCCACCUAAAGAAAAAUCACUGCUCUACUGUAACGUGUAAAAUUUCUUACAAGCUCUACAGCCGUGCCCUCAAACCUAUAAAAAGAAAGUGACAAAGCCCUUCCUCAACAGAUCACGAGGGGUACCCAUUUCUGUUAACAGGAGUGAGUUGUAAUGCUGUAUUUAAAUGCUCAAUAAAACGCAUCCUAAAAU